UCAGCAUUCAAGCUCGGCGCCACGAUUUUAGAAAGAGCUGGAGAUCAGUAUAAUACGAUGCUCGGUGUAUUGUGGAAGUAUCGAAAAUGACGUCGUGUUUUAAUUAUUUCUUCGCUGCUCUCUACCUCUUUUAUAUAGCUGCUUUUUCUACCGCGAUUUAUAAUCCAAGAUUAACAACUACAAAACCGCCAGAACGUCGUGAAUUAGUACUUCCUUGGCAUUCAACUGAGAAAAUAUCACGUGUUCAUCAAACAACAUCUCCUUCUCCAAUAUGGCAUCAAUUGCGGGAUAAUAUUACAUCCAAAUCUGGUACAAAGAAUUGGAGCCCUUGGCGGAAGACUUCGGGUAGUGAAAUUGAACAAAGAACGCAAAUUGAUAUUCCCGAACAGAUUUCUAAAAAAGUUCCAGAACAACAGCGUAAUUUCAAAUUUGAUAAAUUAGAACAGCAAGAAAGUCUGAAAUUUCCUUUUCAGUACGAUGAUUUUACAGAAUCUGACAAAAAUUACGGAUACUUUAAGAAUGAAUCAAAAUAUGGAAAUCGGCCUCAAAACGAGAUUGAUUUUGAACAUAAAUCAUUGAAAAAUGAUGAGAACAAAAAAAUACAGGUAGAAUUUGAGAAUGAAGAUUUGUAUGAAGGUGUAGAUAUUGACAGCACGAAACCACGAAAAGGAAAUUUACUUCUUUCACGAAAAUCGCAAGACAAAAUAGCCCGAUAUAAUCCUCGAUUAGGUGUUGAAUGUCCUGAUAACAAUUCCACGGGGCAAUUUGUUUAUCCACCAGAUUGCAAAUUCUUCGUCAAUUGUUGGAAGGGUCGUGCAUUUAUUCAACCAUGUGCUCCAGGCACUCAUUUUAAUCCUGAUACUCUAGAAUGUGAUUUUCCGCAUAAAGUGAAAUGCUAUGAGGAUGAAUCUGCGUAUUUCAAAGAGUCAGAUUCUGUCUUCGAAAUUAAUCGAAAAUCACAGAAGUUGCAAGAACCAAAAUGUCCACCAUAUUUAAUUGGUCUAUUACCACAUCAUGGAGAUUGCACGAAAUUUGUACAAUGCGCACACGGUGCAACUUAUAUUAUGAGUUGUGGCCCUGGAACAGUAUUCAAUCCCACUAUUGGUAUAUGUGAUUGGCCGCGUAAUGUAAAGGGUUGCGAAGAUAUUUUUAAAUCUGAUAAAAAAAUACCACUUGCAUCUCCAAAUUUUAAUUUUGAAUAUGAUAGUGCGAAAUAUAUCGAAGCAAAGAAAAUUAUAUGUCCUGCGGAUUUCAUUGGAUUAUUGCCUCAUCCGGAGACGUGUAAAAAAUUCCUUCAAUGUGCAAAUGGUGUUACUUACGUAAUGGACUGUGGUCCUGGAACAGUUUUCAAUCCUAUUACAACGGUUUGUGAUUGGCCAUAUAACGUACUCACCUGCAAAACAGAUAAAUUUGAUGAUAAGGUACACAGGAUGGGAGAUAGGACUUGGAUUCCACUUGUUGUUUCUACUACAUCACGAUCAAAUCUAAGUCCAACAUUUAAACCAACUUGGAAACCAUUUACGACAUCUUCAAGUCCACUUUGGAUAUCAACGUGGACAACUCCAAGGCCAUUUUAUGAUCGUUCUGAACAUCAUGUUAUUUAUCAUGAUUAUGACCAUGCGCAUAAAGAAAAUCGAUAUCAAGAUUAUGGACCACAUCAUCCAGAAUGGAAACCAAGUGAUGGAAAUUUGAGACAAUCCUUUGAUAACAAUUACGAGUUUCAAGAUAGGCAAUGGAUAGAAAACCAUAGAAUUGAUCAAAAUCCACAACCACUUUAUCAUUCCGAUCGUCCAGAAGGAUCGUGGUCAUACGAACAUAGGAAUCAAAAUCAUCGUUAUGAUCAUAGAUAUUAUCCUCCCGGUUAUCAUUAUCAUCAUCAUCAUCAUCAUUAUCAUAAUUAUGGACCUACAUCAAAUCCAUCAGUAAAUCCAAAUUGGAACGCCGGUAAUCCUACUACUCUUAUUGGUGAUCAAAAAUAUGAUCAAGGAUACCAAGGAUAUACUCCAAAUGCAGGUGAUAGUCAUUGGUACUUUGAUCGUAAUGAUUCCAAUCAUGACGAUCAUCAUUAUUUUGAACAUGUUGAUUCGAAUGAAACAGAUCAAAGACAACAUCAAUCAUAUUUUCCUUCUAAAGAAUACAAUGAAAAUAACAAUCAGUUUUCUAAUGUACAUAACGACAAAACAAAGUUUUCUAACGUUUCUGAUUUAUUAGAUAGUCAAAGGACCGAUCAUGAUUUGCAUCCGACUAAGCAAGAUUAUAAUUGGACGAUGCCAGGAUUAUAUUAUCCUAGUUUCAAUCAUACUUUUCCUAGUUUCAAUCAUACAUUUGCUGGAAAUGUUUUGCAAAAUAAUAGUAAUAAUAAUAAAUUUACUGAAAAUUCAAAUCAGAAUAAAUCGCGACAAGAUAGAUUACCUCGUAUUUGGAUAGGACAAGAAAAUACAACUUGGAAUCAGUCAAAUGGAUCUCUUGCUUUCAACCCGAGUACGUGGCAUGAUCAACAGAAAGUACAGAUGGAAAUUCAAACACGUCCGUGGGAUCAAGGUAUGGCCAAUCAAGAUGAUAAAUUUCAACAGCAAUUUGACAAAAAUAUAGAUCAGCAAAGCACAAUUGAUAAAGAAACAAAUGCAAAAACCACACAGUCGACAUUAAAAUCAAAUGUCUUGUUAAAUUCAAAGAAUCAAAUAAAUUUAGAAUCUACAAAUACAACUGAACAUCCGAGACCAAACUUUUAUCCAAAUGGAAUAUAUGUCAAUGCAAAUGGCAUAAAAGGUCAUUACAUCACAAAAGAAAUUGAGGAUAAUCAGAAGCAUUCAAAGAGUCAAUUGCAUAGUACUCAAAAACCUAUCAAUUGGAACAACAUUUUUAAUAAUUCUGAAAAUGAUUAUACUUUGUUUACGACAACGUUGAUGACAACAACAGAGAAAAUUUCCAAUAAACAACUUGAGUUGUCGAGAAGAGGACGGGAGUUUGAAAAUACUGCAAAAGAAAAAGAGUUGCAUAAUUUUGAUAACAUAAAUGAUUUUAAUUUAUCUAGUGAAUUAAUUGAACGUGAAGAUGAUUACUGGAGUGAUAACGAUACGAAAACAAGUAAUGUAAAUUUAAGACCUCCAAAUAUUAUAGAAUCUAAAAUAAAUGAUUACAACGUGGAUGUAUUAGACAUAAACGUCUGGAAGCCUAGAUUGGUUUUCGAAAAUAAGACCAAGACAACGACGGCUUCAUCAGUCAUUAUGAAAAUCGGUCUAAAAAAUACCGAUAUCGAACUUUUUAAUAUAGAAACAGCCCCGUUUCAAGAAAAAGAACCGUCAUUCCCAGUUUAUUACGUGCCGCCAGUGCAUCCAUUAACUUAUUCAAAAAAGUCCGUUCGACUAACGCCUAUAUCUGGUCAGAUUAUUCGUUUGAGAGGCGGUUCUGGGCCGAGCAAUGGUUAUGUUGAAGUACAAGGUGUGCUGCCUGGUUGGGGUAUUGUAUGCGAUUCUAGAAAUAGUUGGACUUUAAAAGAAGCUCAUAUUUUAUGUAGACAACUCGGAUAUAGUAGAGGCGCAGAAAUGGCUUGGCAAGGCAGAAACAAUCGUAAUAAUAUGCCAACUUGGAUCGCUGCAAAUAGUGUAACAUGUCUCGGCAAUGAAACAAGAUUUCAAUCAUGCAAAUUCACACAUAAUCAAGAGUGCCGUAUAGAUAGAGAUGCAAUUGGUGUGCGAUGUACUCCUAAUCGUAUCGCACAUUGUUACAAGGACGAAGUACCACAUGAUGGUCAAUGCUAUCACUUAGCUGAUCCUGAUAGUGGAUUUAAUCAUGAUGAAGCAUUGGAAUACUGCAAACGAAGGAAUGCACGACUCAUUGAUAUUACUAAUCAGGCGGAAAAUAACUUUGUUUCGGAAUGGCUAUUGCAAUCGUAUCCGGAAGUUAGCUCAAUUAUGACGUCUGGUUUCGGUUUUACUAGCAUGGGUCGCACCUUAUGGAUCUGGGCGGAUUCUGCUCAUGCCAAAUUUAAAUUUACAAAAUGGUGGCCUGGAUGGAUGAACGAUACGGAACAACCACCAUGGGUAGGAUCUCGUCCUCUUUGUAUUGUGAUGAAGCGGAAAUUUUCGUGUCAUGAACGACCUGAAUCGAUUUGUGAUACAGAUUACUUCUUCUGGGACAUUGAAGACUGUGCAACUACUUCGAAAGGGCAUUCUUUUAUUUGCAAAAGGCCUUAUGAUGAUAUUGGUUGCGUUUAUGGGAAAGGAAAUCAAUAUACUGGCAAAGCCAAUGUAACAAUAUCAGGAAAUGAAUGUCUUUCGUGGGCCGAUAAAAGAAUAGUACAUCAAUUACGUAUAAAUGUUGUUAAUAAAGAAAUUCGAGACAGAUUGGAAAUGCAUAACUAUUGCAGAAAUCCUAAUCCAAUAAAAGAAUCGAGACCGUGGUGCUUUAUAGGAACCGGAAACCGUGAAUAUUGCGACAUUCCUGCCUGUGGAAAUAUUGAUUCAAAACGAUCUAUGUUGACUGGUCAAUGCAAACCUAAACAUUUUGAAUGUACGCCAGGAGAGUGCAUCCCAUCUCCAUGGGUUUGUGAUGGAGAGGAGGAUUGUACAAAUGGAGCUGACGAAAGAAAAUGUAUAUUGGAUCUGAAUCUCUUUGAAAAAUCUACAAAACAUAAACUUGAAGGCUACGAUGUCGAGAAAUGGUUGAAUACACCUUUAAAAACCUGUGCAUUAAGAUGCAAGGAAGCUGAUUUUACUUGUCGCUCAUUUAACCAUAAAUUGAAUGGUAACGUGUGUUUAUUGAGUAACAGUAACAUCGGUUUAACUGGUGCACUCAAACCUGACAAAGAGUUCGAUUAUUAUGAAAUGAGAGAGAGAAGUGUGAACUGUGAUGGCAUGUAUAUUUGCAAUAAUCGUAAGUGUAUAAAUCAAACAAAAGUCUGCGACGGCAAAAAUGAUUGCAAUGAUCGCAGCGAUGAAAAUAUCUGCACAGCUGAAAAUUUUGAUUACGGUAUUCGCUUAGCUGGUGCAAAUAAUAGUCAUGAAGGUCGAAUAGAAGUCAAAAUUCUAGGACAUUGGGGCCAGGUAUGUGAUGACGGCUUUGGUAUGAUCAAUGCUGAUGUUAUUUGCAAAGAGCUUGGUUUCGAUCUUGGAGCUUUGGAAGUUAGACCGGGUGGAUUUUACGGAAAUCUCGAUCCACCCACGAGAUUUAUGGUAGAUCAAUUGAAGUGUCGUGGAAACGAAACUACAUUACGCGAAUGCGAUUUUAACGGAUGGGGAGUUCAUAAUUGUCAACCGGAAGAGGCUGUUGGGAUCGCAUGUAAGACCGCAGUCAAUACUUGUCAGGAAGGUUAUUGGAAAUGUGAUAAUAGUCCAACUUGCAUACCGACUCCUUUCAUUUGCGAUGAGGUGGUCGAUUGUCCAGAUCACUCCGAUGAAAGUUCAGAAUAUUGCAAUGCACCAUUUGAAUUGCGCUUGGCGAAUGGUAGCAAUUCUUUGCAAGGAAGAGUAGAAGUGCGUCAUCACGGCGUGUGGGGUACCGUGUGCGAUGAUGACUUUACAAAUGCUACGGCAGUAGUCAUUUGUAGAUCUUUAGGAUACGGUGGUAUCGCAGUAGCUAAGAAAAACGGUUUCUUCGGGCCUGGCCAAGGACCAAUAUGGCUCGAUGAGGUUUUCUGUCAUGGAAACGAAUCGCAAUUAUAUCGAUGUGAGCAUAAUCACUGGGGUCAACAUAAUUGCGAUCAUAAUGAAGACGCAGGUGUAAUUUGUUCACCUGGAGAUGUUAACGAUGCCGAACAGUCAUACUGGAUAAACAGCCAAGAACAUUCGGAACAAAACAUUAACGAGCUGCUUCCAUCAAAUUGUGGCCAACGUGCUAAAGAUUUCGAUAGCGAUGAAGAUUUAAUAUUUCAGAAAGUAGUACAUGGCUCCAUUGCACCAAAAGGCACUUAUCCUUGGCAGGCUAGUAUUCGAGUUCGAGGGCAUAGUCGAUCAAAUCAUUGGUGCGGUGCUGUUAUUAUAUCGCCUCUACACGUGUUAACAGCAGCACACUGUCUAGAAGGUUACAACAAAGGCACAUAUUUUGUUCGUGCGGGUGAUUAUAACACGGAUAUAAACGAAGGAACGGAAAUAGAAGCCAACAUCGAAGAUUAUUACGUACACGAAGAGUUUCGUAAAGGCCAUAGAAUGAACAAUGAUAUCGCUUUGGUUUUACUUAAAGGUCUCGGCAUCCCGCUUGGCAAAGAUAUCAUGCCAAUUUGCUUGCCAGCUGAGAAUGCCGAAUAUCCGCCUGGACUGAAUUGCACGAUCAGUGGAUUCGGUAGUAUUGAAACGGGCAAGACGACGCAAUCGAAAAAUUUACGAUAUGGCUGGGUGCCUUUGUUGGAUCAGUCAAUUUGCCGAGCUAGUUAUGUUUAUGGUGAAGGUGCCAUAAGUGAUGGAAUGAUGUGUGCUGGAUAUCUUGAUGAAGGUAUCGACACAUGUGAUGGCGAUUCCGGAGGUCCUUUAGCAUGUUAUUACAAUGGAGCUUUCAAUUUGUACGGGAUAACUAGUUGGGGUCAGCAUUGCGGCAAAGCAAACAGACCUGGAGUUUACGUUCGUGUAGCAUAUUAUCGUCGCUGGAUUGAUAAAAAAAUUAGGGAAUCACUAGUAGGUAGAUAAAACGUCGAAAUUAUAAAAUUUGCAAUCACG